AUGAUUUCUGGCAGCAAUCUAUCUGACAAGGGCGUUACCGUGGUAUUAGGUACACAAUGGGGAGAUGAGGGUAAAGGAAAAUUGGUUGACAUUUUGGCACAAGAGGCAGACAUAUGUGCCCGUUGUGCUGGAGGAAAUAAUGCGGGUCAUACUAUUUAUGUUGAUGGGAUAAAGUAUUAUUUCCACCUUCUUCCAUCUGGGUUGAUUAAUCCGAAAUGUACUUCAAUAAUAGGCUCAGGAGUUGUAAUUCAUUUACCAUCUUUUUUCGCUGAAAUCGAAGAGUUAAAAGAGAAAGGUCUCCAAACCGAGGGGAGGAUAUUUGUAUCGGAUCGUGCACACUUGGUGUUUGACUUUCAUCAGAUUGUUGAUGGUCUGAAAGAAGUUGAGCUUGGCAACGCAAGCAUUGGUACGACAAAAAAAGGGAUUGGGCCGGCAUACUCAUCAAAAGCUUCCCGCUCUGGUUUAAGAGUUCACCAUUUAUCGAAUCUUCAAUCUUUCGAGCAGAAAUUUCGGAAAUUGGUGGAAAAUAGACGAAAACGAUAUGGUUACUUUGAGUAUGAUGUCGAGGCCGAGAUCGCACGCUAUAAGCAAUACGCUACCCGAUUAAAGCCUUUCAUAAUCGACAGCGUGUUAUACAUGCACAAACACAUUAACAUGCGUCAAAAGAUUCUCGUUGAAGGCGCUAAUGCGUUGAUGCUAGAUCUCGACUUUGGCACCUACCCUUUCGUGACUAGUUCCAAUACUACCAUCGGAGGAGUGCUCACAGGAUUAGGAAUCCCAUCAAGUAAAAUCGAUAAGGUGAUCGGUGUGGUGAAAGCUUACACGACGAGGGUCGGUGGUGGACCGUUUCCUACUGAAUUGCUCGACGCGACUGGUGAACUUUUACAACGCGUGGGUGCUGAGUAUGGCGCCACAACGGGGCGUAAACGACGUUGUGGGUGGCUUGAUCUUGUCGUUUUAAAAUACUCGACUCUAAUCAAUGGUUACACGAGUAUUAAUUUAACCAAGCUUGAUGUCCUGACCAAUUUGCCCGAAAUUAAGAUAGCAACUGCAUAUCUACUAAAUGGUAAACCACUGGAAAGUUUUCCAGCUGAUCUCGAUGAACUAGAAAAUAUCGAUGUGUGUUAUGAGACUUUACCAGGUUGGGAGACUGAUAUCUCUAAAUGUAGACAUUUCAAGGAUUUACCCAUCAACGCGCAACGCUAUGUCAAAAAGAUUGAAGAAUAUUUAAAUGUUCCUAUCGAAUGGAUUGGCGUAGGGAUGGAACGAGAAGAUAUGAUCGAUCUGAAACUAGAGCAAUCUUUCUAG